CUCAGAAUCCAGAAACAAGUCCUCACGUUUACAGUCAAUUGAUUUGCAGCUGGGGUGGGGUGGGGGGCUGGUACAAGUCAACGGGGAAAAGAAUAAUCUUUUCAGCAAAUGGGACUGGGACAACUGGAUAUCCAGAUGCAAAGAAUGAAAGUUGGGUCUUUACCUACAUCAUAGACAAAAUUUAAAAGGGGUCAACGUCAGAGCUGCCCCGCUCAGGUCUGGGGGCGGUCCUUCAGCCGGAGCUGCUCUGCGAGUCCCCUUCCUGUGGCUGCUGCAGAGCGCCCCCUGAUAGAGAGGAGCUGUCGCCCAGCUGCAGGGCCCGGCCUCAGAAACCACAGGCUCACUUCUGCCUCCUAGCGGUUAGAAGAGAGUCACUAAGCUGGCGCCCGGACAAAAAAAGGGGGAUUAGAUUUCACCUCUUGAAGGGAGGCGUGCAAGGAUUUGCUGACAGGUUUGAAGAGCAUCACACUGGGCCGGGUGGACUGGUGGAGAGGUGGCAUGUCCACCUAGGUGGGUAGGUGCGUAGGUAACCCAUUUAUCAAGGUGGGGCGUACAGGCAGGGGCCGGAGGUUUCCAGGAGAUCCUGAGUCUCUCCCAAGGACAAUGACUGAAUCCUUGGUGCUGAAAUGGGACAUGGAGCAGGUGCUUAGGGAGAUGCCGGCCUGGAGCAGAGGGAGCAGGCAGGCUGGAGGUAUCACCUGGGGGGUCCUUGCUGCAGAGGUGGUAUCUGAAGCUUCAGGGUUGUAGGAGGUCACCAGGGGUGAGGAUGGAGAGGGCUGAAGGAACCCCAGGACCCAGCUUUCCUGGCCACUGGUCCCGGAGCCCCCAUCCUUGGGGAAGUGACUUUGAUAGGUUGUUGACUCCCAGACGCCUCUCUGAUCUAUUGGUUCUGUGAGGGAAGUUGGCUGGGAGAUGUUUCUAGGGUGAUCCAAAGGGAUACAUGGGACGAGAUGGGAGGUCUGGGGGUGGUGGCAGCCAUCUUGCAACCAUGAGGUGGGCCACUCACAGAGGUGGUGGCGCCUCCCUGGAGCUUCCAGAUUAAUGAGUCCUGGGCAGUCUGUGUCAGGACUUUGUGACAGCGAGUCAGCAGGUUCUGUGGCUGGAAGUCUAGAGUCCUCACUGACACCAGAGUGGGGUCAACAACGGAGCUUGAGGGGCGUGUGAGGCGGGAGGAGAGGCACGAGGCUGCGUGUUGCCCCCCUCGUGGUGCCUUCUGUUCACGGAGGCCCCUGCCCAGCGGGGAUCGAACCUCACACACAGUGACUAGUUGAGCCCACAGAGCAUCUGACAGUUAGGGCGCAAUGAUGUCAGUUCAGAGAUCAGAGAUCGGAAAGCCGAGGUACAGGAUGGGUGGAGCUGAAGGCACCUCUCGUGGAGCCAGGAAGGGCAGCUGGGGCAGAAGCCAGGCUGUCUGCCGCCCUGUCCUGCGAGCCGCACACUGACUUUUCAGCGGUCUGGAGACGGCCUGAAGCAGAAGUCCCUGCCGGCUGUCCAGGGCUGCAUAGAUGAAGGUGCAACAGGCUUCCUGGAAUCUGGCAAAGUGCGGGUCGGUCCCCAGCGAUGGUGGACAGAAUAACCCUGAGGGGGGCUGAAGAGUGGAGGUGUGGGCACCAGUCAGCUCCCCGGAAGCCUGGCUCUGCGGAGGGUGGGGGGUGGUAAUGGUUCGGGGGUGGAUUCUGGGACCCAGAGGAAAGCGCUGGGAGCCCCCAGCAGCGCCCGGUGGGCUCCGUCACCCAGGAGAGAAGGCAGGGAAUUGAAGGCACGGGCCGCCGGUUUGGGGAUGGGCAGAGACAGCUUUCCGCCUGCGCCCCCUCUCCUCCGCGAGGUUGAGAUCCAGAUCCUGGGUAUGGGAGCGGGCAGUCGGGCUGCGUGCGGCGGGACCGCGGGGUUGCCCAGGGUGCUGGGCCGCGUUUGAGGUCGGACCUCAGGACACUGUGCCGUUUGGGGCGUUUCUCCAGUCGCGCUUCUCCGCCCCUGUAGGGCGCGGAAGAGGACGAAGAACCACCCCUGGGCGCGGUGGCUAAGGGACCGGGCACCCAGGGCCUGCCCGGUCGGGGUGUCCUCCAGCCGCUGGGCCGGGGCCGACGGGCCGUGGGGGCGGCCCUGCGCGCGCCUGCCAGCCUUGCGGAUCGACAGCACGGGCUCGGGGCAGGGGGCUCCCCGCCGCCCCUCCCGCCGCCGCCGCCAGGGAUUAUCCCGCUCCUGGCCGCGCGGCGGGAUUAGCCCGAGUGGACGCGGCGCCCGGCCCGGGGAUUACGGCGCGGACCCCCCGCCCCCCGACGGAUAUAUUCCCGCGGCGGCGGCGGCGGCGGAGGGCGGCAUGGCGGCGGCGAGGGGCGCGGCGGGCCGCGGGGCACCCGGGCGGCCCUGCCCCUUCUCCAUCGAGCACAUCCUCUCCGGCCUGCCCGAUCGCAGCCCCCAAGCCCGGGCCGCCCGCCCGCCGCGGCCGGCCCCUGACCGCCAGAGCCCCUCGGAGCCGGGGGAGCCCGGGGCGCCGGAGGCCGCGCGCUGCGCCUGCUGCUGUUGUUGCGGCCCCCGCGGGCCCCCGGAGACGGACGGGCGGCUGGGUGAGUGCACUCCGGGCGCGCGGGCUGGGGGGCUGGGCGCGCGGCUGGCGUGGCCGCUGCGGCUGGCACCCGAGGCGCCCUUGCCCUGGGCCGCGCCCUCCGGGGGCCCCGGGGCGCAGCCAGGCGCGGGUGUUCAGGGCCCGCCGCGGCGCACGCGGCGUCACCGCACCAUCUUUAGCGAGGAGCAGCUGCGGGCGCUGGAGGCCCUCUUCAUGCAAAACCAAUACCCCGACGUGGGCACGCGCGAGCGCCUGGCCGGCCGCAUCCGCCUGCGAGAGGAGCGCGUGGAGGUCUGGUUCAAGAACCGCCGGGCCAAGUGGCGACACCAGAAGCGCGCGGCGGCGUCCGCGCGGCUCCUAUCCGGACCCAAGAAGCCCCCGAGGGAGAGCUGCUGACGGCUCCAGAGUUACCUGCGCUGGCCUCCAGGAGCUGCUUCUUGGGGACCGGAGUCCUUGAUUCCUCACUCCGGAGGUUUCUAUGCAGUUGCCUCCAGUUGGUCCACCUGCACCCACUCCGAUUCCUCUGUGGCUCAUUCUCAUAAAACCCAGGAUGCAAGUCCGAACCUGCCUCUCCCCUGCCUACAGCACUCCCAGGGCACCCACGGCUCGCAGAACAAAGACAAAACUCCUCGCUGUGACCCACGACCUGUAACCCACAAGGUCCGUGCAGCCUGGGCCUCCGGUGUGGGCUCCCACCCUGCUGUUCCUUGCACUCAGUGUCUCCUCCCACUGGUCCUUUGCAUAUGCUCUCCCCUUCCACAUGGUCAUCAAUGCCUGUCCAUCCUUUGGGUCUGCAACCACUCCCUUCCAGGGGAACGUCUCCCGAGUGUCCCCUAGGUAGAUGUCCCUUAGGUAGAUGCCCUGUAGGUAAGAUGCCCCCUGGGUGGGAUUAGUUUUCCUCGUGCCUGCCCGCUGUUUGUUUGUGGGUUGGUCUUCUGCAUCUCACACUCAGCUCCCCGAGGGCAGGAACCAUACCGUUGAGUCCCCACUGAACUGUACUGAAUCCUUCUGGGGCAGAACCUGCUUGACGUAAUUUACAACCUCCUUUUGGGAAGAAAUGAUUGUUCCUGGAAAAUGCUCAGACAAUUUUCUUGUCCAUUUCAAUAAGGAUCAGCUUUCUGGGAAGCCAACUCCGGCAUUUAGGGACCAGACUUUUCUUGCAUAAACUUUGAAUAAAAACUUUGAAGCACAAA